GCCCGCACGGUCCUAUGGCCGCCCCAGCUACAGCGGUGGAGGUUCCCGAUGUUUUCCAGCAGUGUGGCUGCAAAGGCAUCCGGACCUGUCUGAUCUGCGAGGGACAGCGCCAGGGUGACCCGCCUUGGCAGCUCUCCCCACAGAAAGCCUACCGGUUCCUUUACUGCCCGGACACAGGCUGGGCCGUGGGGGCCGAAGGCUCCGACUGCGAGGGCUGGGCCUUUCCCUUCCCGGGAGUAACGCUGAUCGAGGACUUCCUGACCCCGCAGGAAGAGGCUGAGUUGGUGCGGCUCAUGGACCAGGAUCCCUGGAAACUCUCUCAGUCUGGGCGGAGGAAACAGGACUAUGGCCCCAAAGUCAACUUUCGGAAGCAAAAGCUGAAGAUAGCCGGCUUCCAAGGCCUCCCCAGCUUCAGCCGAGAGGUGGUUCGGAGAAUGGGCAUCUACCCUGGGCUGGAGGGCUUCCAGCCCGUUGAACAGUGUAAUCUGGACUACAGCCCCGAGCGAGGCUCGGCCAUAGACCCCCACCUGGAUGACACUUGGCUGUGGGGCGAGCGGCUGGUGAGUCUCAACCUCUUGUCCGCCACCGUGGUGUCCAUGUCCCGUGACGUGCCCGGCACCCUGCUGCUCCGUUCAGCCCCCACGACCGGACUUGAUGUCUUCUCAGACAGCAUCGCCGCCCCCAGCAAGUCUGUCCCCUGCCAGGAGGUGGAGGUCGCCAUCGCCAUACCCCGUUGCUCCCUCCUGGUGCUCACGGGGGCUGCAAGGCACCAGUGGGCACACGCCAUCCACCGCAGGCACAUCGAGGCCCGCCGGGUGUGCGCUACCUUCAGGGAGCUGUCGGCCGAGUUCCAGCCAGGGGGGAAGCAGCAGGAACUGGGGCGCGAACUGCUGCAGAUGGCAUUGUCCUUCCAAGGAAGACCUGUGUGAGCUGCCUCCCUGGGGGACAGGAGCCUGGCCCAGGGCCACCGGCUCCAGCAGCAAUCACUGGCUGGGAUAGAAGUGGGAGUCAAUGCUGGGGUCUCUCCCCAGUUCAUUGGUUUUUGUUUAUUUGAGACAGGGUCUCCUUUAGUCCAAGCUGGCCUUAAACUCACUCUGUAUCUCAGGAUAACCUUGAACUUCUACCCCCCUGAGUGCUGGGAUUACAGAUAUGAGUUACCA